AUUUUCAAAAUGGCUUCCCUAGAGCGACCGGUUUGUCAAAUCUUCUCUUUUCAGGACUGCAAAACCUCUCCCGACCCGAUUUUUGAGCUUCCCGCCCAGUGUCUGACCCCUACGUCGGCCCCGAUAGUGAUAGAUAACGGCUCCUUCCAGACCCGGGCCGGCUGGGGGGCUCCAGCGGCGGAGUUUGCCUCUCCGCGCCUGCUCUUCAGGUCGGUGGCGGCGCGCAGCAGAGGAGCCGCUCGCAGCGAGACCCAGAUCGGGAAUGACAUCACUAACCUGGAGCCGCUGCGGUGGCUGCUCAAGAGCCAGUUCGACCGAAACGUGGUGGUCAACUUCGAGAUUCAGGAACUCAUCUUCGACUAUGUGUUUACACACCUGGGCGUCGCCUCUGAGGGCAGCGUGGAGCACCCCAUGGUGCUAACAGAGGCACCAUGUAACCCCCUGCACUGUCGACAGAUGAUGUCAGAGCUGCUGUUUGAGUGCUACCAUGUGCCGUACGUCUCCUACGGUGUGGACGGCUUGUACAGUUUCAACUACAAUAACUAUCACAGGGACAUCCGUCCACCACACACUGGCAUUGUUCUGUCCUCCGGAUACCACUGCUCACACAUCUUACCAGUUAUAAAUGGCAGGUUGGAUGCGGUGAACUGUAAGCGUGUGAAUGUGGCUGGGAGCCAGGCAGCGUCCUACCUGCAGCGCCUCCUCCACCUGAAAUACCCAGGUCACCUCGCUGCCGUCACGCUCAGCCGCAUGGAGGAGCUGCUGCAUGAGCACAGUUACACCGCUGUGGAUUAUCAUGAAGAGCUGGAAAAGUGGCGCAGCCCAGACUUUUAUGAGCGGGAGGUUCACCGUAUGCAACUUCCCUUCUCGGGCAAGGUGCCAGGCGGCUGUGUGAGCGUGGAGGAGAGGCAGGAGAGGCGAGCUCAGCAGCUUCGACGGCUUCAGGAGAUCAAUGCUCGCCGCCGGGAGGAGAAGCUGCAGCAGGACCACGUGAGGCUGGACAAACUUAUGGCAGUGCAGGAACUGCUGGACGACGGCCUGUUGGAUCAGUUUCAUAAAAGCCUGGUGGAGCUCAACAUGGACUCGGCUGAGGAGCUGCAGUCGUACAUCAACAAACUGCAGCUGGCUGUGGAACAGGGCAGACAGAAGCUGCUGCACAGUGACGGAGCAGAGGGAAAGCUGGAGGUGUCUGAGCUGGAGCAGCCGAUGGACGAGGGAGACGGAGUGAUGCUGAUGGAUCCUGACUUCCCUGAGGACACGCUGCCGGAAAAACCUGCUAAUGUGGUUCAGCCUAUGUUCAACAUGGCAGAGUACCACCAGCUGUUUGUAGGGACUGAGCGUCUGCGCUGUCCAGAGAUCCUGUUCCAGCCCUCGCUGACCGGAGAGGACCAGAUGGGACUGAUGGAGACGCUGCAGUACGUCCUGGCCAGGUACACUCCAGAGCAGCAGGAGGCGCUGGUGAGCAAUGUGUUUCUGACAGGAGGGAACAUGCAGUACCCCGGGAUGAGGGAGAGAGUGGAGAGAGAGCUGCUGGCUAUGAGGCCCUUCCAGUCACACUUCAAGGUGACCAUGGCAUCACAGCCAGCCCUGGAUGCCUGGUACGGUGCAAGAGACUGGGCUCUGGAGCAUCCACCUGGAGGAGAAGCAGAGGGAUGGAUCAGCAGACAGGACUAUGAGGAGAAAGGAGGCGAGUAUCUGAGUGAGCACUGUUCCUCUAAUGUCUUCAUUCCCAUGAAGCUCGCCAAACCAGUUGCUGCUCGCCCCACCGAGUCCUCCAUUACCACACAGACUUCAACAGCAGCUUCUGCUGGCAUCUCCAUGAUUACAUCUGCCCUGAAUCCCUCCUGCUCUACUGUUGCUGCUGAUGUUUCCGUGGUAACCUCCUAAACUCUCAGAUAUCACGUGUCUUAUUUUGUAAGUGAAAUGUUUACUUUUUGGGGCGCCGACCUUCAUUUGCUUUUUCACUUCACGUUUGUUAAGUUUCCCAGCAUGCCUUUCAGCAACCCCCAGACAACAGGUGUGAACUUAUUGUCAAAGGUCUGUAAGAUCUUGCUGUUUGAUUCUGAUGGACCAAAAACAAUGAGUUAAUGCUGUUAAUAUUUCAGACAGCUGCAAAAUGUCCUGCUCAUGCACAUGAAAUAUCUCAGUGUGGCCUACUGACUGCGUUUCUCUGUGGACAUAAAAAAUACACAACCAGACAACAAUAUAAGCUCAGCUAUAUAAGAAGCAUUAGCAGUAGCUGCAAGGGAAUGUAUUGUUGCUUUCUGUAGUAGCAAAGUCACCGUUCAGGAAUGUUGAAUGAGAAUCAGUCUGCAGAGAGACACUGUCUGUUUUAUGGUCUCCCGUCACUUUUGUAACAGUUUUCUUUUAUUUUCAUUCUGCUUGAGGAAACCACAAGAGGCUGUUCAUAUUGAACAGCCAUCAAGCCAUCAAUGCUCUUAAAAGUCCUGUUGGAAUAUUUUUCUAUCAUUAUGUAAAUAAAAUUUGCUGAUUUGUGUGUUUUUAGAAAAAAAAUAAAAAAAAUUUCACUGAUGGAAACAGUUCUUUGUUUGAUUGACUGUCAGUUGAGAAGAAAGUGGCAGAUGUCUGAUACUGCUCGUUACAGAUGAUUAGACAUCAAGUGUUCACUGUCUCCUCUUUUCAGUACGAUCGUUUUCCUCCCAUCUUUUUAUUCCUCCAUGCCGGCUACAGUCAGAGCCGGAGCCAUGAUGUUCUCAGGUUGUCCCUUCCUCUCAUUCUCAUGGACUCAAAUUUGGCACAAACAUUCACUUGGACUCAAGGAUGAACUGAUUAGAUUUUGGUCGUCAAAGGUUAAAGGUCAAGGUCACAGUGACCUCAGAAAACGCUUUUAGCCAUUAGUCAAGACUUCACACAGCAAUUAUGACAAAUUUUCACUCAAAUGGUUCAUAUUUUAGUGGCGGGGUGGUGGAGGCAGACAACUGUGAGGCAGUAAUUCUAGUUUUCUUUACUACAGCUCACUUUCAAAUCAGUAAAAGAGUCAUUUCGCUCAAAUUACACAGACAAUAGACAUUCACCUGUAGUUGUUUCUAUUCAUGCAGUUAUUUUUUUACUUUAUUAUGCUUUAGGUUUUAUUUGAUUUCAUUUAAUAUUUGCUGCCCAGUUUAUUUGUGGUGCACAGCAUUCAGAAAAUUA